AUGGUGGUCUUGGACGGCAAAUUCAACGGCUACCGUGAUCUUAUACUUCCUCUUGCCUUUGAAGAUCAGCUUGGUCUUCAGUCUCGUGCUGAAGCUGGAUUUCAGUCUAUCAUUUCUGAGCUUCGCUUCCGCACGUCCACUCAAGCUGAUCUUGUGGACGUCUCCGCUUGGACUACCAUAAUUAUCCUGUUGACUGGCGAAACGAUCACGGGAGGUACCAACCUGCCCUACUUGUUCAAAAUUCUUCAGCACCUCGCCGCUGCGAACACUAGAGAUGGCCGGGACAGCGUGAUGCACUCAUUCCUAAUGGAACAAACUCGCAUGAUGACGCUCUUUGCCCAACCUCUGCUGGGAGAAAGCUCAGGCACAUUGACUCUGAGUGCCCGGCCUGCUGCGUACUUUGACUUCAUUUCCAAUGCAGCCAUUUUCCACCCUACGCUUGCGCCCCAGAUUGGGAUGUAUAAGUCCGCCAUACACAUGGCCUGCAAUAUAUACCUGAAACGGGUCACAUGCGGUCCAGCUCAUUAUGAGACAGUCCCGGACCUCGGACGACUCAAGAGUCUGUGCGAGAAAAUCCAUCCUGCUACACCAGGGCAUCAUACACUCGUGUGGGUGUACUUUAUUGCUGCAGCGGAAAGUUCAAUCCUGGAACAUCGCCAGUUCUUUACAAUGCGAUUGCAAGAGGUAUUCUCGCGUACCAGAUUCCAUAAUAUACCGACCGCUCUGGCGGCCCUGCAGGAGUUUUGGAAGGUUCAAUCGGAAAGAAGGUGGACUGAGAUUCUGCCAGUGGUUAUGCCCGUCUUUAUUAUUUGA